GCUUUGAUAAUCACAGUUCCCAGGAUCACACCGCCUCCACCCUGAGUCAGAAGAAAUCUUUUUAAUUCAUGAUUUUUUUCUUUUUUUUUAAUGGCUCACGUGGACUUUAUUAAUCAUCAUCUGCUGUCUGAUAGCCUCACUGCAACUUAGGCUUCGUCCACAUCCACACUGCUUUGGAAGGCCUAUUAUGUGGGAUGGAUAUUCAUGUAUCCCUGAUUUGGACUGAGUAACUGUUUGGACCUGAAUGUGAUGAGAAGAGUGAAGAAGAUGUCUUCUUCUUCCAUUAUCACCGCUGUGUUUCUGCUCUGCUGCUUAGCCAACGGCUCCACAGGCUCUCAGGAUGAUUGUGUGUACGCUGCAACAGGAUCAAGCUUAACUGUGCCACUUAGAUAUGAGUUGAAGGAAUCAGAUAACCUGAAAUGGUUCAAGGACACAAGAAUAAUUUUUUAUCGCAGACGGAAACAGGUGAUCAUGGGGAAAAAUGAUGCUGUUGAUUCAACUGGAUCACUAAAGCUGACACAACUCACCAAAGACAAGUCAGGACGAUACAUCCCAGAGGUUCACAGCACAGAGGGAAUAAAUGUGGGAGAUUUACAAAGUGUGCGUUUGUGUGUAUUAGACCGUGUGCAGAAGCCCAGCGUGACGAUGACGUGUAUAGACUCUGACUCAGUCAGCUUUACUUGCAAUGCUGGUCAGAAAGACAACACUGUGAGAUUUGAAUGGACUAGUGCGGAGACACAGUUGGAGGAAACAGGGGAGAUCCUAAUAAAAAGAGCUGUAGAUGUGGUAAACACCCCUGUGGUUUGCCGUGUUUCUAACCCCAUCAGCUUUGCCAUCAGUGACCCUGUUAUACAAAACUGCUUCACGCCCAGCUCUCAGGAUGAUUGUGUGUACGCUGCAACAGGAUCAAGCUUUACUGUGCCCCUAAAAUAUGAGUUGAAGGAAUCAGAUCAGCUGAAAUGGUUCAAGGACACAAUUGCAAUCUUUUAUCGCAGACAGAAACAGGUGAUCUUAGGGAAAAAUGAUGAUGUUGAUUCAACUGGAUCACUAAAGCUGACACAACUCACCAAAGACAAGUCAGGACGAUACAAACCAGAGGUUUACACAGAGGGAAUAAAUGCGGGGGAUUUACCAAGUGUGCAUUUGUGUGUAUUAGAUCCUGUGCAGAAGCCCACAGUGACGAGGACAUGUACACCUGAUAAGACAAAAGUCACUUUUACUUGCAAUGUUGGUAAGAGUGAAAAAAAUUUUCAGAUCAAAUGGUUUAUGGUUGAUAAAAAGACGGCAGAAAAAGAGAUUGUCAAGGACCUGACAAGACCAGUCAAAGAUGUGCUGAAUGCUCGUUUCUUUUGCAAUGUUUCUAACCGCGUCAGCUCUGAGACCAGUCAGCCUGUUCAACAAGACUGCAAGUUCUCUUUUCCUGACACACUAUUUGGAAUUAGCAUCUGGGUUUUUGUGGGUGGUGGAGCAGGUAUUGUUCUGGUGCUGAUCCUAAUUGUCAUCAUUUGUUCCAUCCGGACCAAACGGAAGAGGCGUUUGAGACUAAAGGAUGAGAGGGAGCUUCGCUUGCAGUGGGGCAAUCAGGAACAACAACAUCAUCAUCAUCAGCAUCAUCAUCAGCAUCAUCAACAUCCAAAUCAAAAUAAUUCUGAUCAGCAUCAUCACCCCCACCACCAUCAGCAGCAGCCGGCAGGCAACACCGGCCCCCGACAACAUCGCUCUAAACAGCCACGCACCCAGCAGCGUCCCAGAGCGCCUGAGCCCGCCAACGGCCAACCUCAGCCCAGCCCCAGACGGGCUACGCAGGUUUCCGCUCCAGGUGGUAACGGCGGCGAAGAGCAGCCUCCUCCUCUUCCUCAGCCCAGGAAGAAAACUCCAAAAGCACCAAAAGAAUGAAAAAACUUGAGCUUAGUAUAUGGAAAUAAUUUUUAAUCUUUUUCUUCAUCUUUUUAAAAGCUUGUCUCAAACUAUAAAUCUAUCUGAUAAUGUGACGCUGAAACUUGACCUGCCAAAGAAUUAUAUAUAUAGAUAUUGUAAUAUUUGUAUGUAUAUAACAAAUAUUGUGUAGAUUUCAGAUCCUCUUAGAUCAGAAAGUGAGUCUACAUGAGGAAACAGACUUCUGAAAGAUGUGAGAUGUUUUAAAUGAACAAUCAGACUAUAAUUUUUUUUAUUUUCUUAAUUUUUCAUUAUACUUGAGUAAAUUAUAUGUUAAAUACAAAGUAAUUGUCAAAGUGUACACAUUGACAUUUCUGUUUAAUGCAACAUUAUAUAGAAUAUUGCUAGUAGUUGUUACUCUUUGCUACUUAUUCCAUAUUUACAUCCUAGAAACAGUUUUACAUUUUGGGAAAUACUCUUAUUUUCACGUUUACCGUUAUUUAGCUUCACUGCUGUUGGCAUUUGUAUGUUGAAUACAGAGCUGAGACCAGCAGCUGGUUAGCUCAGUUUAGCUUGGCUUAGAAUAGCUUAGAUUCAAAUAAAGUGGCUCAUAUGAGAAUGGUAGAUUUUUUUUUGCCUCUUAACAUUUGAGGCUUUCUACAAAUGUUUUGCCAGGUUAAGCAGGUUAAGCAAAAUCUGUCAGACUGCAUAUAAAAGAUGAUGUAACCAACUGGUUUCUAAAGUUUCUAAAGACUAUAUACUCAAAACAAAUAUUCUUGGCCCUCACAGCCCAGUAAAGCCUGAACGAUGAAAUAAUUGCCAGAAAAUUCUCAUUUUUUUCAAACUACAGUGGUAACUGCAAAACAAUAUAUAUCAGUUUGCAUAUUACAUUUGGCAUUUUUGUAUAAAAAAGAAACUGAUGAUGGCGGUCUCAAAAACUCACAAAAAUUGAAGUAUCUUAAUCGUUUUGGGCUUGAAUGGGAUUUUUUGAGUGUAGCUUUUUGGAACCAGGCAUCAUGUGCAAGGUGUGGAUCAUACUGAGAAACCGAGAGCCACGCCCUAAAGCAUACCCUGCUUUAUCACCCUGUUUGAAUCAAAUGGGGUCCAUGUUUUACAAACUAAGCAUCAUGUUAUGGUCAUGUGUCUUGUGAUACGUUUUAUCAGAAAAAAAGUUUCUUCUGAGGACAAGGGAGAGAAAGGGUCGUUUUCUUUUACAUCGCUGUAGAACCAAACUUCUUUUUUAAAUCAAAAGAGUCGCCCCCUGUUGGCAAUUAGGUCAAACUGCAGGCUCAAAGCACCUCUGCAUUGGCUCCGCAGUGCAGAAGUGCCUUUAAAAUAUCAAACUAUAAAAUAUCAAACUAUAUAAUAUCAAACUUUAACAUUUUUUAAACCUCAAAAAUGUUUUGCAUACUACAAGAAAACUUGCACAUUGUGAAUUUUACCAUCACGUAUACAUUAUGUAAGAGUGGCUUCACUGCCACUGCAGAAACCUUUUCACACAACAUAGUAUUCAAUUUUCAAUCUAGAAGGCUCCUUCUUUCUGGACAAACUACAAAAAGAAUGUCACUGCAGAUUAUUUCAUUGUGCGAACAGCCUUUGGUGUACAUGUUGCAAAAAGCUAAGGAUUUGUCAUUUACGUUUUUUAUUUUGUAAUUUUGCUCACCUUCUUAUGACUGCUGUCUGCUGUAGUUAACUAAAUUUUACUAGAAAGUUAACUAUCCGCAUUGUUUGGAUUGACAUGUGCGUUUGUAUUUGUAUGUAUUUGUGUAUGUGUCAGUGUAAACUGUGCACAGUGGUCUUUUUAAAUAAAUGGUGUCGUUAUGAUUUGCA